AUGGCUGGGCAGUGGUGGGGCACAGGGCCCCUGUGGGCACUGGGGCUAUGCCUCUCGGGGGUCUCCAGCCAGCUGGUGGAGCCCAGCACCGCACCACCCAAGCCCAAGCCCCCUCCACUGACCAAGGAGACCGUGGUGUUCUGGGACAUGCGGCUGUGGCACGUGGUGGGCAUCUUCUCGCUCUUCGUGCUGUCCAUCAUUAUCACCCUGUGCUGUGUCUUCAACUGCCGCGUGCCGCGCACCCGGAAGGAGAUCGAAGCUCGGUACCUGCAGCGGAAGGCAGCCAAGAUGUACACAGACAAGCUGGAGACUGUGCCGCCCCUCAACGAGCUCACGGAAAUCCCUGGAGAGGACAAGAAGAAAAAGAAGAAAGACAGCGUGGACACGGUAGCCAUCAAGGUAGAGGAGGAUGAGAAGAAAGAGGCCAAAAAGAAGAAAGGAGAGAAGUGAGGCAGCAGCAAUGGCUGGCAGUGUGGACUUCGAAUUCAGAUUCAAAUUCAGCUCAGCCUGCGGAGCUGUGGCCCAGGAGCUGAGGCCAUGGCUGAUCCUCACUGCCUGGCAGGUGCAGGGCCAGGACUACACAGGUGCCAGCCCCCUGGCCACAUGAGCACUUACUGUGGACCACUGUCCCCACCUUUCCUAGCAGGGGCAGAGGCGGCACGGAGGCAGCGGGGGCAGUUUCCUUCUGCGCUGACCACGUUGGGGUGACAGGCCAUACCUGGCUGCACACAGGCCGAGAGAGGCUGCCCCAGUGGCAAGAAGCCUGUCCCAAGCCCGGGGGUCCUGCAGACCCCAGCUCAGCAUGAUGGCAUGCCCUUGCCUUGCUUGUCACCCAGGUGCAGAGGGCACAGGGCCCAGAGAAUCGGGAAUGUUGGGCUGCCAGAGUGGUUCUUUCUAUGCCCAGCAGUGGCUGGAGUUUUGGCCUAGGAGGUCAAGGCAAGGCUGCACCCCACUUGCAGCUGCUCCACACCUGGCCUCGUGCUCCCCCACACCCUACAGCAACUUCUCUGACAGGAAGAGGAGGAGCCAAAGACCAAGGGGCUGACCCUGGGGAAGGGAGAGGGGCAGGGGGCUUCCGCAUGGCACCAGGCCUUACACG